GGUCCCUGGAGGGAGGAGAAAGACUUUGACCCAAGUUUUCUCAGAGCUUCCUCAUCCCCACGGCGAUCUGCACACCAAUCCGUCUACGGCCCCUCAACUUUCAGAUACCCCUUGCGGUCCCACCCGCUUCGGAACUCCUGGGGACCUUUGGACGCCCGCCCAACUCCCCUGCCCCGCUAAAAUCUCUUUUAUUCCUCGACUGCCCCCCACCCCCACCCCGGCUCACAGACCCCCAGUCAUGGCCGGGUCGUACGGCGGCCGGGUGCUGGCCGCGAUGACCUUGCUGGGCAUCCCGGCGGCCGUGCUGGCGGCGCUGGGAGCGCAGCUGCUGUUCCAGCUGCAGGCAGGCCGCGCCGAGCUUCGGGGACUGCGCGCCAACGGGCUCGGCCCGGAGCUGGGCGCUGGCCCCGGGCUGCCCGAGGACGCGGCCGGGGCGCUACUGCCGCUGGCCGCCGCGCUCGCCGCGCUCGCCCUGGUGUUGGGCCUCACCUGCCUUCUGCUCGCGGCGCUCUGCGGCCACCUGGGCGCCGAGCUGGCGCGGGGGCCCGGCCCCGGCAGGUCUGACUGGUUUCUCUAUGACUGCCGCCUCCUCAGACACGUGGCCCUUGGCCUUUUCUGCUGUGGGGUCUCUGUCUACUUAGCAGCACUGUCCAUCUACGCCCUGCUGCUCUUUGAGAUCGAGACAGGUGCAGCAGCCGCCUCCAUCCUUGGAGUGGGUGCUCUGGUCCUGGUGGCGGCGCUGACCCACACUCUGCUCCGAGCUGCCCGGGCCACCCGCCGUGGCCUCCAUGAACUGUCCCCACCACACUUUGAAGACGACCCUGUCCGCCCUGCUGAAGUCUCCAAGGCCAGCCCCAGGGCUCAGCCCCAGCAGGGUACCCACCACCAAACCCCCUACUCAUCCUGCCCAGAACCUGGGGACCCCCUCAGACCCACAGUCACUGCUACAGCACCUGCAGCCAUGGGGGGAGGCCGGGAGAGCAGCCUGCCUUUAUCCCACUUGCACCGGACACUGUCGGCUGGCAGGGGCCACUGGGAAGGGGUCACCCACGAGAUGCGUAGCAUGCUGGGCCACCGGUCACGGGGCUCAGGGAAGGACUCUACACUGGUGUGAACCCAGGGAUCAGGGAUAGAGACCUGGUGUCAGGCAGCAGGAAGAGGACUCUGUAAAGAUAGGUCCAGGUUCAGCCACAGUAGCAGUAUGACUUGAUUUCUCAGCAUCCGUGCCUUGUGUCUUCAAGGUGGCUUCAUGUCACAAAAUGGCUUCCAGGGCUCCAGCCUUCACCUCCUCUCUCGGAGGGAAAGGCAGAGACCAGGGUGCACUCAGCACCUGGAAAUCUUCCUGGGAGGCCUUGGGACCCUCCUGCUUAUACCUCACUGGCGAGAACAGAGUCACAUGGCCACAUCUCUGGGCAGAGGAGGCUGGAAAAUGUAGCUGUCCAGAUGUUAGAUGCAGGAGGGGAGGGUUGGGCUUAAACAGUGGUUCUCUAAAUGUCUCCAUCCAUUUUACAGAUGAGGAAACCGAGGUCCAAAGAAGGGCAGUGACUCACCAGGAGUCCCAUGGCCAGUACUGAGCAUCAGAGUCAGGAUUCGAACCGGGUUUCUGUAACCCCCAUGCUGCUGACAGUGCAAGUCUCAGACUCUACGACUUCUUCCAGGCUGUGAGCAUUUGAAAUCUGUGUGUGCUGUGCUCAGAGCACCCUAGGGCCCCAGGUGCACAUGGACGGCUGGACCCAGCCUUCUGGCUGUGGGCUUCGCUGCUCUGUGUCUCAGUUUCCUUGUUUAUAAAAUGUGGCCAGAAGCAGUUCCCCCUCCUAGGGCUCCUGUGAGACUCGGUGUAAGCCAGUCCAGGUGCCUGUGCACAGUAGAUCCUCAGUGCAUGUCAACCUGUGUCGUCAUCAGUCGGAUGCCCUGGUGGCAGGAGAAGGGGGGUUGAUGGCCACUUUCUGGGGCUCACAAAACUGCCAAGGCUUAAAGUGGAUGACUCAGAGCCCCAGGGAUCUCCAGAGGCCCUGGCCCCACUCCCAUCUCAUGCAGCCCUCAAAUAAACUCUGACCUUCGC